AUGUCCGGCAUCAUGUCUCAAUCGAUUCGCGGUGGGGGAUCUGGAACUAGUGGUUUCUCUAUACAGGGGAGCACUGACGGGGCUAGGCGGAAGUACCGAAAAGGGGACCGCACUCGUCGUAUUUGGUCAGCAAGGGAAGAAGAGAUCUUGGCAUCCUCUUUGUUGGAGUUGGUUGCGACAGGCUGGAAAUCCGACAACGGAUAUCGUUGUGGCUAUCUGUCGCGGAUUGAAGACAAUCUGCGGAAGGUAUUCCCAAACACUGACCUUAAGGGGCAGCCUCAUAUUGUCUCUAGGAUGGUUGCCUGGAAGAAGAACUACAACAGUCUCCGAAAAAUACUAGCGAGGACUGGAGUUGGAUUUAGUUCUGACGGGGCUCACAAGAUUGACUGCUCCGACGAGCAGUGGGAACAGAUUGUCGCGGCUGAUUGCGAAGCCAAAUUUAUGCGCAAUAAAUCCUGGCCUUUAUGGGAAACAUGGACCAUAAUCUUUGGUCAAGACCGUGCAAGUGGUGGCACUGCCGAGGACAUUGCUGAUGGCGCGAGAGAACUUCACCAGCACAACAUGGCCCACAAUGAUGACCCUUCAAAUGACUAUCAUGUCAGCCUCGAGGAUUUGUUCGAUGAACCGAUCAACCCCACAGUGACUAUCCCUAAUGCUCAGCAAGAUGAAAGCACUGGCCAAAGUCAGCAGCCUGUUGCCACCCAAAAGCAGCGUCCGAAAAAACGUAAAGCUGAUUCCAGUGAUGCUGCUUUGCUGGAGUUUCUCGCUAAUUUGCAUGAUGAAACAAACAAACGUCUUGAAGUGAUAUCGACCAGAAUUGGCUAUGAAUUUGAUAUGGGCCAAGCAAGACAGGAUGUUUAUGAGAAGGUUCGAUGUGUCGAAGGACUGACAGUUGUCCAACGGUAUCAGUUGUGUAACAUACUUGCCGAUAAGCCACAGCGUCUGGAAGUUUUCAUGGGAAUGGCAGCGGACGCCAAGCCGGGGUACGUUCUAUGGCUACUCGGGCAGGAUCCUUCGACAACCUGAAGUGUGUGGCCAUAGGGGACUUGCUUUCUGAAUAUGUUUUGACUAUGUAAGCUAAUAUAGACUACUAAGUAUUUUUGUCGAACCUCUAUGGUAUGUGUUAAGUUUGUCCCCAUGGUGUGUAACUUCCUAUUUCAUUAUGCUUCUAGUGGUGCAUUCACUUGCAUCUGGACUGGUUGACUCUAUAAUUACUACUUUAUGGAAUUAGUGUUAUGGUGUGAA